AUGUGUUCGGUGUCAAAUUUUGCAAACUGCGUCGGAGACGAAGGUGGAAUCCACGUAGCUAGGAUGAAGAACAAGCACGAUUCGAAGGAUAAGUCCAAAACGUCGUUUUUUCUACCUCCCAGGCGACCAAAUCUGAAUGAGACUGAAGCAGAUAAAACGUGCAGAGGUGCGAUGACCAGGGAAAUGUGGGAUCGCACUCCAAAGGCCCUCCAGUUCAAGAAGCGAUUGCAACAAGAACAAAUACCCGAUGUUAAAUUCGGUGAACUCACUAAAAAUUGUCGUGAAUUUCGUGACAAUCAUGGAUAUUUUAGAGGUUUGGUCAAUAAGCAGGAGAAAGAGUUUCCGCUGGCGUUUUCCAUUUUGGUAUACAGAUCUGUUGCGCAAAUGGAGCAACUUUUACGCACGAUAUAUCGACCACAUAAUAUUUAUUGCAUUCAUGUAGAUGCAAAAUCUGAUUUGGAUAUUCAUAACGCUGUACAAAGUAUCACCAACUGCUUUGGAAACGUGUUUGUUGUUCCUCGGCCCUCUAAAGUUUCUUGGUGUUCUGCCCAAGUGUUGGUGGCUGAAAGAAUGUGCAUGAAAGAACUUCUCGAACGAGAACAUGGCUGGAAAUACUUAAUAAAUUUGUCGGAACUUGACUUUCCACUCAAGACGAACUUUGAAAUAGUUCAGAUUCUAAAGGUUUUCGAAGGUAUGAAUGACAUUGCAAGUUUUCGUGACAAUAAUUUCGCAUUCAGACAGGAGUACGCCUUUAAACAAACAAAAGAACACGUGGAAACGAGUGACAUCAGAAAGCGCUCACCGCCAAGGAAUCUAACCAUCUAUAAAGGAGAACCGAAUUACUCGCUCUCGCGAAACUUCGUCCAGUUUGUCCAGAGUAGCGAGAUUUCACACCAGCUGUUUGAUUGGCUCUCAGAUACUAGUUGCCCGGAUGAACACUUCUAUCAAACUCUGAAUCGUCUUUCCGAAGCACCGGGGGGUUUCAAUCACAACGCGAUGGCUAUCUCAAGAGCCAAAAUAUGGCACAACUCGGCUUUCUGUUUGGGUAAAAUGGUCAACGAUGUAUGUAUAUUUGGGGCUGGGGACCUGCCAUGGUUAAUCAAGCAGCCACAUUUGUUCGCCAGUAAGUUCGACAUUGAAUACGACCCAUUGCCAAGUUACUGUAUAGAACGGUAUCUCAAAACCAAGUCACUCUACCCACGUGUGUUCAAUCUCCAUGUUUAUAGACGGUUUGCGUCGAAACGACUGAUAGAUUCCACUUCUUUCAAAUGGACAACUGAUGGGGCAUUUUAG